UCCCUCCAUCGGUCGCUGUUGGUCCCAAAGUUACGUACGGACACAAAGCUCUCGGUGUUCUUCGACUUUGCUUUCUUUCCAUUUUCAGAUCCGUCGAAGCUUCAAAGUUCAAUCUCUGAAGCAAUCUUCGCUGUUCUCUCUAUCCUCUCUCGAAUCCCAAGACACGCAAUGUCUGUUUCCGACUUGUUUAUGUCUUUAGAUAAGUCUAUAUAUAUGCCUAUAUAAUAUAAAAUGAUAAAGAAAGAAAGGUGUGGGGCAGCGAGAAGAAUCAACCAUCCUCUUGCAGUUCGGUGGUACCCUCUUGACUGAAGUUCGAUUUGAGGAGUUUUCCGAGUGAAAGCCCCGAUCCUUUCUCUGGGUUUCGGUGGAUAAUGAAUACCCUUCAUUGGUAGAUUCCGAUUUCAGGAUUAGGGCGUUGGAUAUUGUCACGUAUAGAUUCCGAGCGCUUAAGAAUUGAUGCGGUGAUAGAAUGGCUGUACAUGCGGCGUGUAAACGGUUUGGGCAGCAACUCGGAGGCGUUCAGGGUCCCGGCUUGACCCGAUUCGGUGCGGUGAGUUCGGUUUCCCGGCGAAGGCAACUCGAUUGCCGGGAGAUGUCUCAGCUCGUGAAAUCGAACGGAAGGCGUUUGUUUCUCGUGGAUACAUUGGCCCUUGUGAGGAGGCUGGAGGCACAAGGCGUGCCUUCACAGCAAGCAGAGGCAAUAACAGCUGCAGUCACAGAUGUACUAAAUGAUAGCCUUGAAAAUGUAUCUCAGUCAUUUGUAUCAAAGCCAGAGAUGCAGAAAGUUGAAAUGGCUCAGGAAUCCAAUCUGUCUAAAUUCAAGUCGGAGGUCCAGAACUCACAGGGACACCAUUUCUCUUUGUUGCAACAUGAGACUGAAAAGCUCCGUAAUGACAUAGAUAAGAUGCGAAGUGAGCUGAGAUAUGAAGUCGACAAGGUUAAUGCUGGGCAGAGGUUGGAUUUGAAUCUCGAGAAGGGAAGGAUAAGGGAAGAGCUAUCCAAUCAGAGUGCUGAAACUUCUAGCCUAACCAAUAAACUCGAUCGGGAGAUCCAUGCUUUAAGGGCACAACUGGAGGCUGCAAAAUAUGAUGUGAUAAAGUACUGUAUCGGUUCUCUCGUCUCAAUUUCUGCUGUCGGUCUUGCUGUCAUUCGCAUUUUGAUGUAGAUAUUCCAGUGGCUAAUUGUAUGACAAGGUAAACUAAGUAGCAGAGAUCUACUUAAUCUUUCGAGGUGCUGAUUUUCUGAACAAACGGACAGUCUUUUAGAAAGUCCGGAAGCAGACUGGGGAAUGAUGUUAAGGGGUUCCUCGUUGGUCUGGCAUUAUAUGAACUUGUAACGGCAGUUAGCUUAGUUGAUUUACUCUGUUUGAUCCAAUUGUUUGUUCAUUCUGUUGUAUUUGGUCAAUUAACACAUCGAAUAAAAAAGGUUACUUACACUUCUGCAUUAUAGGGAA